AUGACUCACCAUUUUGAAGCUUUCAGUCGUGCAAGUAUAGAUGGAGGUGGAUUAAUCGCGAAGAAUGUUCGAACACCGACGACUUAUCGUCGAAGGACUUACAGCGACUCACGCAAAUAUCCACCAAUAACAAACCACUCAAGCGAGGCGAGCCAACUAUGGGUGUUAACGACCCAAUCAAGCGCAAACAUAAACCCAUUACAUCGCCAGAAGAUCAAAGGCCGCGAGAUCGUCAUCACUGAGGACCCUCGUCUGCAUUUGCCUCUUCCCAGGUAUCUGCUCUCUCAUGCAUUCUGGGAGGUAUAUCUGCUGCAUGAUAACUCUCCACUCGGCAAGCGGCGUGAUGCUGUUCACAAAGCGGCGAUGGGUUUCUUACGAACCUACCAUCACCUUAUCCAGCAUGAAUCAGACUUAAGCAUUGCCCAGAGAGAUGACCACCGUUUGAUCCCAAAAGAGGUGACAUGGCAAGCUUUCUGUCAGUUCAUCCAGAAAGUUUCAGAAAUCCAAGACCACGAAGUUUCAGGCCGCUAUCAUUACGGAGAGAUCAGACUCUCUCGUCUGAAUCGCUACGCGCCGUUGCUACUUCACAGCCGAUACUAUGAACAGAUCCAUGGACAAUAUGCCGAGUACUUUGCUCGAUUCUACGGACCCAUGCUUUUCGUCUUUGCUGUCAUCACCACAAUCUUAAGCUCGAUGCAGGUAGCAAUGGCUGUUGAUCAAGUGGCCUCACAUCGGUGGUCGGAACUUUGGCCUUUCUUUCGCUGGUUCAGUGUUCUUGGUCUUUUCAGCACUUUGGUUGUGGCUGCGUUUUUUGUGGUCGUUUGGCUGUGGAUGUUUACGGAUGAAUGGAUGUUUGCUCUCAGAGUCCGUUUCGCUAGGAAGAAUGCUGUUGAAGACGUUAAGUAAGAGGUUUCAAUCAGGUAUGCAACGUGCGCGACGCGUCGUUGGCGACUGAGGACAGAUAUCUUAUGUAUCGGGCCUGCAACAACAGUUCGACAGUUGUGCUACUCCCUCUUCUCGACAGACCUUCAUGUUGAGAGAUGGAAGUCAAAUCGUGUUUGAGCCUGAAAUUACACUCGCGUUGGUUGUCAGGUUGUCGCAU